AUGACUAAAAGCUGUUCUCUGGCAAAGAGGAGAAAGAUACAAGAAAUGGAACUGGGAGCAUCAGUGAACAAAAGAAAAUCCCUUCUGAUGAAACCACGUCACUACAGUCCCAGCAAGGACUGUGAAGAAGAAAGUAAAGAUGGUAAAGACUGUGAUGAGAUUAUGGCAAAGGCAGAUAAUAUGGAAAACCACCGGCAUUUGUUAGAAAACAGAAUUCUGUAUUCAACACACGAAGACUCUCAAAUGGACCUACCAGCGAAAGACACUAACAAUAAUAGUGAUGAUUUCAACAGCUAUCAGGAGCUGGUAGCUAAAUCACUUCAAGAUCUGGGAAAAAUAGCUGAAGAUGCGGGAAUACAGAGGUGUAUUGAAAACAAUUUAAAUGACAGUGGGGUACAAUCUUUGGAGGGAGAAAGUGAUGGAGAUGAAAGAAAUACUUCUGAAAUCCCAACUAAAGAUAAGGCAAGUGUAUGUGAGAAAGAAAUAGUACCACACUAUUCCUAUGCAGAAAAUACUCAAGUUCCUUCCGAGAAUAUUUACGACAACUGUGACCAACCCCAAGAUUUAUCCAAACCAUCUAACAAGAAUGAAUUAAAGCCCCUCGCAGUUCAGGUGUAUGGCCUGGGCAGUAAACCUAAAGACAUUUUAAGGGCAAAAUGCAAGGAAUCUGAGAUAACAGAAAUUGUUUCACAGGAGCCAACCUAUCAGAGCAGAGUGAACAAUAUUGGUGAAGCACCAGAUUCAAAGCCAGGCCUUCCUGUAGGUGACAUGCAGUCUCCAAUGACUGAUGAUGACUGUACUUCUCAGCUAUCCACAACUACAGAGGAUUCAGAAGACUUUAGCACUGCAAAGGGGAACCUAAGUCUCCUGGAACAGGCUAUAGCUCUACAGGCAGAGCGGGGUUACAUCAUAAAGGAAACACACAAGGAAAAUGAAAAGAUUUUACUGGAGAAGUUAACAGCAGGAAGGCAACUUUGCAAGACUAUUGACAUUGGCUUCCGGAAAAGUUUCUCCAGCAGAGAUUCUAUAAGAUCUGACAAAAAAGAGUCCAAAUGUCCAACUCCAGGGUGUGAUGGCAGUGGUCACAUCACAGGACUGUAUCCACACCACCGCAGCUUCUCAGGAUGCCCACAUAAAAUGAGGGUGCCCCCAGACAUUCUUGCCAUGCAUGAGAAUGUUCUCAGGUGCCCAACCCCAGGCUGCACAGGAAGAGGCCAUGUGAACAGCAACCGCAAUUCACACCGAAGUCUCUCAGGUUGCCCUAUUGCUGCAGCAGAGAAACUGGCCAAAUCACAGGACAAACAGAAUGAUCUUACAAGGAUUGGAGAAAUCUCAGACCAAAUGUUCAGGCCUAUGUGUCUGGUGAAACAAAUGGAGAUUACACAAUUGAGCUAUGCAUCCUCUCAGCCAAUCAGCACAUGCCAUACCAACAUAUCUAAAGAGCUAGACAAAUACACCAAGGCUCCGUUUGAUUAUGCCAGCUUCGAUGCACAAGUAUUUGGAAAACACACUGUAACAUCAAAAGUGCAAGAAUGGGAAGCUGUUCAAUUUUGUGAAGCUAAACAGUUUACAAGUCCAGUGACUUCUUCCAGCCGACUGCCUAGAGCCUCUGUUCAAAGUCCAUGCCAUUCCAGUAUCUACACUUAUACUCACGAUACUGAAGCCACUCAUAUAGCAGCUGCAGCUAUCCUCAACCUAUCCACUCGCUGCAGAGAAAUGCCGCAGAACCUCUCCACAAAGCCUCAGGAUUUGUCGGCUAAGAACACAGACAUAGAAGUGGAUGAAAAUGGAACUCUCGACCUAAGCCUGAACAAAAAUAGAAACCGGGACAAGGUCACCACUUGCAGCUCUGCAGUAACCACACCAGAAUCUCCCCCACCGUACCUAAACAGUAUCUUGAUAACUCCUCAGUACUACCAAGCACUGUGCGAACAAGAAGGAUGGGAUGCACCUGUUAACUACACUAAAGCACAAAUACAAAAGGAUGAGGAUAAAGAGAAAGAAGACAUUGGUCCAGAGGAAGAGAGGAGAUAUCCUGGGGAGGUCACGAUCCCUAGUCCUCAGUCCAAAGUUCCAAACAAAGACUCAAAGAAGGAGCUAAUUACUUGCCCUACACCAGGAUGUGAUGGUAGUGGCCACGUAACUGGAAAUUAUGCAUCACAUCGCAGUGUAUCUGGUUGUCCUUUGGCAGACAAAAGUCUCAAGAGUUUAAUGGCAGCAAGCUCCCAGGAACUGAAGUGUCCAACGCCUGGUUGUGAUGGCUCUGGGCAUGUGACUGGAAACUAUGCUUCACACAGAAGCCUUUCCGGAUGCCCAAGAGCUAAGAAAGGUGGAAUUAAGCUAACACCCAGCAAUGAUGACAAGGAAGACUCAGAGUUAGUGAGGUGUCCAGUGAUAGGUUGUGAUGGGCAGGGUCACAUAUCUGGCAAAUACUCAUCACAUCGGAGUGCAUCAGGGUGCCCCUUAGCUGCAAAAAGACAAAAGGAGGCUUCAUUGAAUGGACCCCAGUUUCCAUGGAAAUCUGGCAAAGCGGAAGGUACAACGUGCCCCACACCUGGCUGUGAUGGAUCCGGUCACAUUAAUGGCAGUUUUGUCACCCACAGAAGUUUGUCAGGUUGCCCCCGAGCUUCCCUAGCACUAAAGAGAAGCAAACUCUCGUGUGAUGAAAUGAUGACCAUCAAGCUCAGGGCAAGUAGCGGAGCUGAAAACAAUGAGGAGAUCAAUCAUUUGGAUGAUGAAAUUAAGGAGCUGAAUGAAUCAAAUUUAAAAAUGGAAGCAGAUAUGAUAAAACUUCAGACACAGAUUACUUCCAUGGAGAGCAAUUUGAAAACAAUUGAGGAGGAGAAUAAACUAAUUGAGCAGCACAAUGAGAGUUUGUUAAAGGAAUUAGCUGGUCUGAGUCAGGCCCUUAUUAACAGCCUCGCUGACAUCCAACUCCCACAAAUGGAACCAAUCAGCGAACAGAAUUUUGAUUUGUAUGUGAACACUCUGACUGACAUGUACAGCAGCUUGGAAAGGAAUUACACUCCUGAAAGCAAAGCCCUUCUGGAGAGCAUAAAACAAGCAGUGAAGGGUAUCCAGGUGUGAAACUUGUC